AUGGCAUCUACAGUAUCAGUGUGGCAUCUACAGUAUCAGUGUGGCAUCUACAGUAUCAGUAUGGCAUCUACAGUAUCAGUAUGGCAUCUACAGUAUCAGUAUGGCAUCUACAGUAUCAGUGUGGCAUCUACAGUAUCAGUGUGGCAUCUACAGUAUCAGUAUGGCAUCUACAGUAUCAGUAUGGCAUCUACAGUAUCAGUGUGGCAUCUACAGUAUCAGUAUGGCAUCUACAGUAUCAGUAUGGCAUCUACAGUAUCAGUAUGGCAUCUACAGUAUCAGUAUGGCAUCUACAGUAUCAGUGUGGCAUCUACAGUAUCAGUAUGGCAUCUACAGUAUCAGUAUGGCAUCUACAGUAUCAGUAUGGCAUCUACAGUAUCAGUGUGGCAUCUACAGUAUCAGUGUGGCAUCUACAGUAUCAGUGUGGCAUCUACAGUAUCAGUAUGGCAUCUACAGUAUCAGUAUGGCAUCUACAGUAUCAGUGUGGCAUCUACAGUAUCAGUGUGGCAUCUACAGUAUCAGUGUGGCAUCUACAGUAUCAGUAUGGCAUCUACAGUAUCAGUAUGGCAUCUACAGUAUCAGUGUGGCAUCUACAGUAUCAGUGUGGCAUCUACAGUAUCAGUAUGGCAUCUACAGUAUCAGUAUGGCAUCUACAGUAUCAGUGUGGCAUCUACAGUAUCAGUAUGGCAUCUACAGUAUCAGUAUGGCAUCUACAGUAUCAGUAUGGCAUCUACAGUAUCAGUAUGGCAUCUACAGUAUCAGUGUGGCAUCUACAGUAUCAGUAUGGCAUCUACAGUAUCAGUAUGGCAUCUACAGUAUCAGUAUGGCAUCUACAGUAUCAGUGUGGCAUCUACAGUAUCAGUGUGGCAUCUACAGUAUCAGUGUGGCAUCUACAGUAUCAGUAUGGCAUCUACAGUAUCAGUGUGGCAUCUACAGUAUCAGUGUGGCAUCUACAGUAUCAGUGUGGCAUCUACAGUAUCAGUAUGGCAUCUACAGUAUCAGUGUGGCAUCUACAGUAUCAGUGUGGCAUCUACAGUAUCAGUAUGGCAUCUACAGUAUCAGUAUGGCAUCUACAGUAUCAGUGUGGCAUCUACAGUAUCAGUGUGGCAUCUAUCAGUGUAG